UCUAAACAUCCCCUCUUCAUUGGAUAAUUUUAUGGUAAAUAAACUUAAAGUACACUUCUUUAAAUGAAAAUUCACAAUUGAAGCAACACAGGUACAACUCUUUUUAUACUCCGUCACUAUGAACCAGUACAAGGUUUCAGUGACACGUGACUAUACGAUCCCCCCUCUGUGGAUGUCAAUCUCCGGUCGGAUGGUUUGAAAGCAGUGGGAGAUAAACCUCUGUAUAUGAUGGCUGUGUUCAAAACCAAACUGCUUUUCUGUUUCAUUUUUCACAUUUUAUACCGUGAUAUCCGAGGACAAUGUCCCAGUAAUCGGGUCAGAGGCGAGGGCAACCCAAAGGGAAAGGACGACAGGAUAGACACUUUUGGGACAGGACUGGGGAUACUUUUGGACGCUACUGACAAUGAGUAUCAGAUUAACUGCUGCGGCGUGGUGAAUAGCUGGGAGUUCUACGUCAAAACCAACACGGGGACCGUCCAGCUUCAAGUAUGGCGACCCGUGACCACAGGACAAUAUAAACUAGUUGGAGAAAAUAGUUUUACCACCACAAAUGCUAACAAUGAACACCUCUAUAGUGUCCCGGCAAAUGAAAGAAUUUCAGUGAAGGACGGUGACUACAUAGGCUUCUAUACUGCUGGACAGCCAAUGAUUUCUCACAAGGUGGAGGGUGACGCGACUGACGGUUACACCUACUCUACUACUAUUGGUGCUCAGACGGUGGGCAGUACGUAUGACUGGGGUUCCCAGACCGCCGACACGAGGAAGGAAUACGCAAUUAACGUACAGCUGGGGCCAGGCAAUUCUCCAACAAUCACCAACCUGGACAGCACUGUGACUUUUCCGGACAGCACGACCGCAAACAGUCUGAUUUUUACCGUAACCUGGACUGAUGCCGAUCCCCUUGAUACUCUCACUGCAGAAAUAACGACAACCACAUCGUCCUUCUCCUUUGAUACCUCAAACGGUCAGGUGCGAAAUGUUGGAGCGCUGCCGUACGGGAACACCGCCCUGAACUUCAGAGUUACUGAUGACUGCGGAAGAACUGACACAGGGACUCUCACAGUCACUGUAACCAAUUCCGCACCUGUUAUAACGAACUUACCUUCUACAACGGACAUCAGCGAGGACCACGAUACGGAAAAGCUCCUUUAUACUAUUAUUACUACGGACGGGUCCCUGUCGGACACCGUGACGUGUAGUAUAGCCAACAGUAACCCCACCACAGACAAUUUCUUCACUAGACUCAAUGGCACCACAACGUACUACGGUAUUUACAUCAAGGCCCAGCCGACGCUGUCCUAUGACUCAGCACGUCAGUACACACUGAGUAUUUCCUGUACUGACACCAAGGACACCGUGCAGGAUACCUUCAUUGUAUACGUCAACAGAAACAACCCGCCGUCAUUUGUUAAUCUCCAAGCCACCGUAACUAUUGCUGCUAACUCCACCACCACGGGUAAUGUAAUCUACACGGUCCAGUCCACGGACUCGGACUCCAGCCAGCUGUACUAUAACAUGACAUGUGUCCCUGCUGCCUGUCCAUUCACCAUCCACAAUUCUGGCGAAAUCCUGGCUACAUCUGACUUAUCUCAGCAUACAGUGCCCGGGUAUGAUUUGUUCGUAUAUGUCUAUGAUGGCAACACUCUUGUUGGACCCCGUACUCUUACUGUCAUAAUAUCUGGUAUAAACACAGCUCCGAUUAUCACUAAUCUUCCGCUAGCCUCUCCGAUCUCCGUCUCGGAGAAUUCCGCCCUCUCACUGUCCGUGUUCCAGGUUUCUAUAUCGGACGUGAAUGCGGGAGAUAACCACGUGUACUCUGCCUCAUACAAUCCAAGUCUAGGGUCCACUCUCUUCUCACUCAACACGGCCACUGGUUUGGUGUCCACGUCCUCUACACAGAACAUUAAUUACGAAUCAGUGGUUUCCACCAGCACCACUUUUGCCAUCAUCAUCACCGUCACAGAUGGACAAGCUUCUGUUUCACAGACGCUCAGUAUCGCCAUCGUAGACUUAAACGAGGCUCCCGUCUUCGGGAAGGCGUCUUAUGCUAUUUCUGGAAACGAGGGAUCGGCAGGGUCCACUGUGGGGAAUCCUUCUUUUGACGUCACAGAUCCAGACGCCGGCGCCAGCCAAUCAUACUCCAUCGACUGUUCGACAUUUCUGAUGAAUUCCAACACAGGGGUUGUUACAUUUAGUCAUGACUACGAUUUAGAUAAAACUGGAACAGCCUCCAGCGUCACGUGUACAGUGACGGUGACAGAUGGCGAACUCACAGAUACGGCUUCAUUGGUUGUUACCAUCAACAACAUCAAUGAUAACACGCCCACUUUCGGUAGCUCCACCUACACGUUUUACGCUCAGCCUAACACUGGUGUUGGAACCGUUUUGGGAUCUGUACCUGCCACCGACGGAGAUGUUGGAACGUUCGGCACAGUUUCCUACUCGCUGAACCAGACAGGACUGGGCAACGAGUACUUCGGAGUCCAGAGUAACGGAGACUUCUACGUGAAGAAUGGAUUGACUUCCUUCUCAUCCGGAACCACGCUUAGCAUAACGACCAUCGUGCAGGACACGGGGGGACUGCAAGAUACGGCGGUCGUGACCGUGGUCAUUCCUGAAUCCACCACGGCGGCCCCCACCACCACUACUGACCGAUACAUGACCUUCCUGGAGGACUCUCGGAACGUUGCCUGGGUGACGAUAGCCUGUGUUAUGUUGGCUGGUCUGGUGCUAUUGUGGGCGUAUCUGAUAGUUCGGUUUGGGAGUUUCCCUUGUAAAAACGGAUCCUAUAAACCGAAUGCUAAAAAAGUAAAUCGAUGGCCACCAUUUCACCAAAAAGAACAAAUCAGAUUGCAGCAAAGAAAUCCACCCAAACACAGCUGGAAGAAAAACUGGGAAGCGUGGGGAUCACGUGACCACAAGUAUGGACAAAAUAUACCAAACCUACAUAUUUGAUGGCGGAUCUGUUCAUCGAUCCUCGUACAUUGUACUUCCGUCGCUGUUAAGUGUAUGAAACUGGAGAAUUUAUUCGUUGACGGUAUUACUUUCUCACCUCCCAAAGGCCUGGCCCUGGGAUCAUGAAAUAAACUCAGACUUAAAUCAAAAUUGCAAUUUACUGUACGAUGUUCAUCACUUUUGAACUGCAACUAUUAAUUUACAGACACUAGAAAUGUGAUGACGCAAUAUUGAAUAACAAUUUUAGGAUAGCAUUUACUUUAUCUGUCCCCGGAAAUUUACCAAUUUGAUUUUGGAAUGAUUGACUUCUCAAUCAUUUCAUCGCAAUAUUCAUAUUUUGACUUGAUUGAAUAUUGUUCGAGAAUAUUUCACUUAUAUUUGAAGGGGGCAUGCAUCCCCUUCAUUCAAGGAUGAUUUGCGUUGUUUUGUUUUUUUUUAAUUGGCCCACUGGUUUUGGAGAAUUCUAAAGUAUGAAGUGGACAGACGACAGACAACGGGUGAUCAGAAAGGCCCACUUAAGCUUUCAGCUCAGAAAAGAGGCGACUAAAUGGUCGUUCCUCGGAUGAGACCACAAAAACCGAUGCCCCGUGUCACAGCAGGUGUGACACGAUAAAGAUCCCUUCGUACUUAAAGGCUGCAUGUACCGAGCAUAGGCCCAAAUUUCCAGCCCUUCAUCGGCAAUGGUAACGUCUCCAUAUAAAUGAAAACAUUCUCGAGAAGGACGAUAGAACAAACCAACGUUCAUGCUCGAGUUAUUGUUCUUUGAUUACAGUGCAUGAUGUACAGACUGAUUUUAACCUUUUACACACUAUUUGUGCUAAGGGCCUUUGCAGUGAGUUUCGAAAUUCACAAUUUCAAUAAUUCCUUUUACCGAAAUGACAAUGCAUGCCAUUUUAUGUAACACUUGGGCCAAUGUGGCCCAUUUCAUAAAAACAUCUCUCGAAUCAGAUGGAAAUCUUAAUGACUGUCAUUGUUUACCAAUUCUUCACUUAUAUAUUUCUGAAUGAGUAAAACUAAGUAUGCACAUAGGUGAUGAAAUUGGCAUUCUUACUCGUGUCAAGCAGAUGCAAACAUUCUUAUUCUAGUCUUUAGAGUUUUUGUGAGAAUGGUUACUACAUUUGUAGUAUUUGCUUGAUUGGUUGUAUCUUGUUUAACGUACCUCUCGCGAAUGUUCACUCAUAUGAAGACCUCACCACUGCCAGAGAAGAGCAUCAAAUUUAAGCCUAUGCUCGGCGCUUACGGUCAUUGAACAGUUGAGUAGUCGUUAGCGUGUCACACACACCAGAGGUGGGAUCAGGUGCCUAGGAGAAGUAAGCAUCCCCUGUUGACCGGUCACACACCCCGAGAGUCCCACACCCCGACCAGGCAAACGGAGCUAUCCGUAAUCAAACUUAGUGUGCCUAGAACGGCCUAAAAUCGGUAUGAAACAAGUCAGACAGCAUUUGACCCAAUGAUAGGUUGUAUUGGCAAACUAGAUUGUUAUAACGACCAUAGAUCUUGCGAAAUUCUUACUUUAAACGACGCUGUUGAAACCCCUGCACCAUCAACUGGAUUGACAGUAGCCUGUCGCGAUUUAGGACGAGUACCACAAACGGUACAAUAUACGCCCCUCGGAGAGUGGAAGCAUAAAAUUUCAGGGCAAUAUCUGUAUCUGUAACGAAAAAUAAAAGUCCGGAAAACUG